AUGGUUUUUACAGAAAUUGAAGAAAUAAGCGAUAGCAUAAACUUUAACGAAAGCAUUAUUGAUAAAAAAAUCGAAUACAAUAGCAAACAACUAGAAAAGGAAUUAAUCGAAAACGAAAUUUUAAAAGAAAAACAUCGAAAACUUGAAGAUCGUUCACGUAGAAAUAAUCUACGAAUAGAUGGAUUAUACGAAGACGAAAAAGAAACCUGGGGACAAACAGAAAAAAAAGUCCACUUAUUUUUCAAACAAAAACUUGGUGUUGAAGAUAUUGAAAGUGAGCGUGCCCAUCGCACUGGACAAAAGAAAAAUGGAAAACCUCGGACAAUAGUCCUCAACCUUCAACGAUAUAAAGAUAAAGUAAAAAUACUGAAAGAACUACAACGAAUAAAAGGAACAAACAUUUUCGUUAACGAAGACUUUUCACUCGAAACCGUUGCCAUCAGGAAAAAAUUGUUUACUGACGUAAAACAAAGACGUUUAAACGGAGAGAAUGUUGCGGUUCGGUAUGAUAAAAUUAUUUGUUUUAAAAAUUCUUUUUAUGAUAACAAUAGAAAAGUAAACUAA